GGCCGCCGCUCGGGGGAAAGAUGAGCUUGUUGUCAGCCAUCGACACCAGCGCCGCGUCCGUGUACCAGCCCGCCCAGCUCCUCAACUGGGUCUAUCUCUCGCUGCAAGACACGCACCAGGCCAGCGCGUUCGAUGCCUUCCGCCCCGAGCCCUCCUCCUCGCAGCACCCCGACCUCGGCUACACCAAGAGCCCCCCGGAGCUGAGCUCCUCGCUCAGCUCCAGCUAUCUCAACAGCUUCUUCCAGCUCCAGCGCAGCGAGGCUCUGAGCAGCAGUCUGUAUAAGAGUGCAUCUCCUUAUGGCUCUCUUAACAACAUAGUGGAUGGGUUAAGCUCCCUCACUGAGCAUUUUUCUGACAUGUCCCUUUCUUCAGAAGCCAGAAAACCCAGCAAGCGGCCACCUCCCAACUAUCUGUGCCACCUCUGCUUUAACAAGGGACACUACAUCAAAGACUGCCCACAGGGGAUACAAACAAUGCAGCAAAUACACAGCUAUAGCAGAUAUCCUGAGGUCCUUCGUUACUACAAAAGAAGAGUGUUGCAGCUAAAUGAGCUAAGGAUGCCAAGGGAAAAAAUACAGCGCCAUCGCUUUCCCUUCGUUGAUUGCAUUGCAGCUGUUUACAUACAAAAAGAGAAACAGAGAGGGAAGAAUGGGAAAGAAAAAGCAUGUGCACGUGUAUUAGAGAAAGCAGGGAAAUUGUAAAUUAAGAUGAUCUUAGUGAAAAGAAGAGCUGUCUCUUUAAAAAUAAAAUGAAAAAAUAUCCUCAGUGUUUUCUUUAGUCUUUUUCAUUCCUUGGCAGCAUCCCAGAGAUUUCACUGUCCUUGUCUCCAGCAUCUGGAAACCAUCAGAGUAAACAAUAGAGUGCUAGGAACUGGAACCCCUGCCUCAGCUCCCGUGGGACUUCGCUCUAGAGAACAUGAGAACACAAACCAUUGGACACCAUGUGGUCAAUUACUUCAAACUAACAAAUCUGUGUGCCUUCCUAUUUUCUGUUUUCCUUGGCACUAUAUGACCCUUUCACAAUGGAACCCAGCUGUUGAAAAAGCCAGACGUUUUCUUUUUUAACCUCUUGCUUACUUUUAGGCUUGCUUUCCAUAGUAAUCUCAGGGUUGGCACGUACCCUAGGUAAAAGCAUCCCUCUUAUUAAACCCCUGGCUAGCUGUAAUGUUUGCCUGUAUUAGUCAGCAGAGAGGCUUGAGAGUAUUAACUUAACAGGAUCAUGCCGUAACAAGGACUCCACAGGUGGUCCUGUAUUUGCUGGGUUUCCUGACAUUGCAUGCCAGCACUUAAAGCAGAUAAAACAGGACAGCUUUAUAGCCUGCCUGUUUUGUGCAGUCAACAACUGCACGUGUGAUUAUGACCUAGUUUUUAAAAACUUGUUUCUAGCGCAGGUGCUGCGUUGGCAAUUGCAAGGAACUCAAGUCAUCUCAAAACUGAAGGCUGUUGAGGGGCCUGCUCCUUCCAGCAACGUGAAAUAAACUUUGCUCCAGAUUAACCAUGCUAGUUCCAGGACUGAAGACACUGCUCCCAGGGCUGUCAGGUUCUUGUUCUUUCCAGACUUUAUUUCAAAAGACAAUUUUUGAGCAGUGUGAAUUUGUCCAGUAUUACAGACUACACACAAGCCAAGAUUUCUACACUACAUUUAAAUAUAUCCUCUUACUCUAUUUUAUUUUCAUUAACAUCUUCCAAUGAGCGGAAAUACUGACCAAAAUUGUUCAAAGUGAAAUUUAGGGCUUCGUCUCUACAUCACUGUUACUUUUGCUGAAUAUCCUUAGUGCAUACUGACGAUAUGAGAGAAAUGCUCCAAACUGAAGUAAAAUAAGUGAUGCAUUUCAUGUAUAAAUAAUAAUACAUAUUCUUAAACCUCCAGUUUUAUUUCCAGGAAAAAAUAGGUACACGUGAAUGUAAUGCUACAGCUAGAAGAUGCAAAUAAAACAGGGAGGUGCCAUAUAGUUUAGCACCUCUAGCUAAUUGCUAUCCAUGCAGUCAGACAAGUGGCACUGAAUGAGUUUGGCACUUUUCAGCUUUGACUCCAAACAAGCAAUGGUUUAUCUGCUGAGCAAAACCUGUCCAGCUCUGUCAGUUUGAAAAGGCUAGCACUAGCAUGAUCAAGAGGGCAAAGAGGCUCACAGUGCAAACUGCUUUGUCCCAGUCUGCAUCCCAGUGUGAAGAAGCUGCUGUGUGGACUGGCAGAACUUGUCCCCAAAGGCUGACUGGCAAAGCCUCACCAACUGCACAGGAAGCUCUUACUAGGGUUAGUGUGAAAUUAGUAGAAAUUUCAACUUAGGACCCUGCCAGUUUAUUUCUUUCUUCAAAGUGCAGUUGAGAAUUUUUUCUUUUUUUCUCCUCUUUGGACUUAUGCAGAAAACUUCUCAGUUCAUAGCUGUGACCAUAGACUCAAAGACAAUCCAACUAAUACAAGCAAAAUGUUAGAAAAUUGUAGUAAAAUACAUGUGUAUCUGCUCUGAGCUGCAGACAUCAACCAUAAUCACGAAAGAUGACAAUGUCAAGCUUAGAAGGCAAAUAAGCAAGGAGCAUGCUUAGGCAGGCUGAAUAAAUAGAACACUUUACAAUGUUACCUGCAAACUGGUGAAAGGUAUGCUGUUGAGCCUAGGACUAAUGAGAUGGAUAACUGCAAUUGGUGGGAUCUUGUUCCUCCUCUUUGAGUGAAAUGCAGGGAGUGUAUUGCAUACAAUUGUAUUGUAUACUUACAUUUCUUUUAAGAGAGAUGAGGAAGAAUCAUUAAAUGGGUUUACUGGAGGAACUCCUACUGCAAGAUCUAGGCAUUAAGCCAUUUUGUGGCCAGUAGUAAAAACAUGCUUUAAAAAAUCCCAGAUCUGGCCUCUAGCUUCACAAUAAUAGUAGGGAAGCUUUAUUGCCUUUUUUGCCAGAUGUUGUUGAUCCCAAAUGUCUGUAGAAUUGAUUAGGCUGACACUGAGAAGGCGGAAGCAGAUGUUGCACUAGCAACUUGAACAGUGUGGAACAUACCUAAAUCUUUUAAUAGUUAUUAAAAGAUUGUUAAUUGUACAGCCUAAGUUCAAAUCAAUCUAGUUUCCCUGUGUGAACAUCUUGGACAGCUUCUCGUCCGGCUGACAGAUAUUCACAAAAGCAUAGAUAAAAAUACAGUUAUUUGCAGGAAUGCUUUGCCUGUGGCAAGGAAUAUACAUCUUAGAAGAGCUAAGGGAGUCUACUUAGCUAACUGAAGCAGUCCCAGCACAGUCUGGAUGCAAGCCAGGACACAAAUGAAACCACUGUAAUGGCACUGAUGGAUGACCUCCUUCUGGCAAUGAAGAGAGAACACAUCCAUUCCCUUCAUCCUGCACCUCUUUAGUAUUUGACACUACUGGCCAUGAGAUACAGCUGUUGCACCAAAAAAAAAAAAAAAAAAAAA